AUGUAUGUCCCACCGCAGCCUGUCUGUGAGGAGGAGGUUCUCCCUGAGCUGCAGCUCUGUGACCAGGAGGAACCAGAAGCUCCACAGAUUAAAGAGGAACAGGAGGAACUGUGCAGCAGUCAGGAGGGAGAGCAGCUGGGACUGAAGGAGGAGACGGAUACCUUCAUGAUGACUGUUGCUGCUGAGGAAGGAGAGCACAGUGAACCAGAAGCAGACAGUGAUCAGCUUCCAUCUCUCAGCUCUGAUAACUUUUUUUGUACCAAACCAAAAGACACAGAAGACAUUAGAAUUUUUUUCCAGUACAAUGAAGAGAUCAACCAUCAACAAAGGCAGUUGGCUGUCAACUGGAAACCAGAAAUAAAGCUCUACAGAAUAGACGUCCCACAGCAGCCUGUCUGUAAGAAGGAGGAGGAGGAGGAGGAGGUUCUCCCUGAGCAGCAGCUCUGGAACCAGGAGAGGAGCUCCAGUGUGGAGGAACCAGAAGCUCCACAGAUUAAAGAGGAAGAGGAGGAACUGUGCAGCAGUCAGGAGGGAGAGCAGCUGGGACUGAAGGAGGAGACGGAUACCUUUAUGGUGACUGUUGCUGAGGAAGGAGACGACAGUGAACCGGAAGAAAACACUGACCAGCUCCCCUCUCACAGCUCUGAUAUUUUUACGUUUCUUCAGUCCAAAUCUAAAGAAAUAUUUGAAGUUAUUAAUAAUUCUAUCCAGUACGAGGAAGAGAACGACCAUCAGCACAGACUCAAGGAUAUCAGCUGGAAACCCGAAAUACAGCUUCACAUUACAGAGGGAGAGCAGCUUGGACUGAAGGAGGAGACUGAUAACUUUGUGGUGACUGCUGCUGAGGAAGGAGACCACGAUGACCCAGAAGCAAACACUGACCAGCUUCUUUAUCACAACUGUCCUAUAAAUGAGAGCCAAAAUCUUGAAGGAAGCUGGAAUUUAGAUUUGGGGACAAAUAGUAACUCAGAGAAUCUGUGUAACUCUGACACAGGUAAAAAGUAUUUAAUGUGUGAUUUUUGUGGAAAAUCCUUUAAGGAAAUGUACAAAAUGAAUCGACAUCUGACAAUCCACACAGGUAAGAAACCAUAUCCUUGUGAAACAUGUGGGAAAAGUUUCACAGUGAAGGGUAGUCUGACUGUACACAUGAGAACACACACAGGUGAGAAGCCGUAUUCUUGUGAAACGUGUGGGAAAAGUUUUUAUUUGUCAUCAUCACUUAAAGACCAUAAGCUUGGCCACACAGGUGAGAAACCAUAUUCUUGUAAAACAUGUGGGAAAAGUUUCAGACACAGGGGUGAUUUAAUUGUGCACAAGAGAGCACACACAGGUGAGAAUCCGUAUUAUUGUAAAAUAUGCAGGAAGAUAUUCGGACGUAGAAGAAGUUUAUUGGCACACAUAAGAAGGCACACAGGUGAGAAGCCGUAUUCUUGUGAAACUUGUGGGAAAAGUUUUUAUUUUUUAUAUUCACUUAAAAGACAUAUGACUGUCCAUACAGGUAAGAAGCUGUAUUCUUGUAAAACAUGUGGGAAAAGUUUAACACAGAGGCGUAGUUUGAUUAUACACAUGAGACUGCACACAGGUGAGAGACCGUAUCAUUGUAAAAGAUGCAGGAAAAAAUUUAUAAGUAGUAGUCGUUUAUGGGCACACGUGAAAAAAGCACACAAGUGAGAAACCGUAUCAUUGCAAAAGAUGUGGGAAAAUGUUCCCAUACAGAAGUCAUCUGUUUGGACACACGCGUACUCACUUCGUUGACAAAGCAUAUGUUUGAGAAGUCGUAGUCUUGAAGCAUUUA